GGCCAGAGGAGGACAACGAAAUAUCUUCUUCCCACUCUUUCCUUCCGUUACUUUUCUCGUUGACCUACGUCACGUUUCGUGUAUUAUUACACGACAGAAUACCCUCCAGUGGCUAGCCUGCGGUCUUACCCAAUAGAAGCAGUUUCAAAAUGGCGGUCAAACACGUGUGAGAGCCAUCAGCCCAAAUUUUCUUUACAAGAAUAGUCAAACAUAGCUAUUGAUACAAUCAUGGACCCGGCUAAGGCACAGAUGGUUGCAGAACUGGAAAUAGAAAUGAUGACAGACUUAUAUAACAGAUUAACUGUGGCUUGUCAGAAGAAGUGUAUAUCUCCAAAAUACAAAGAGGGUGAUCUAACAAAAGGAGAAUCAGUGUGCCUGGAUCGGUGUGUGGCUAAAUAUUUGGAAAUACAUGAUAGGAUUGGCAAAAAACUAACAGCCAUGUCUAUGCAAGAUGAACAGCUAAUGAGUCAGCUUCAAGGUCAGGCACAAGGAGGGAACUAGGAGGAUCUGAAAAUUUUUAUUAAUUGAAAGAGAGACACUUUGGAAUCAGCUUUGAAA